GAGAGAGAGAGAGAGAGAGAGAGAGAGUGAGAAAGCAAGUCAGCGCGCUUGACUCACGCGAUUGUGAAGUUAUCGCGCGCUCUAGUCGCGCACCGUGGUUGUGUGUGGAACAUCGCGCGCCGCUGCUGCUGCUGUUGCUUCUGCUGCUGACUUCCUUAUUCCAGUAAAACUUUUUUUAUUCGCUUUCGGAUUUUCUCGCUCUUGCGCGGAUUGAGACAGAUGUACGAUUUUACAAGUCCAGCUGGACACUAGGGAGUUUUUUUCCCCUCUGUGUGGCCGUGUUCGGCGCUUUUGGCUUCCUAAUCCCUAUAAAGCACGCUUGUCUUUUCCACUUGCUGCUGAAGUUUCUAGGAAGUUUUAAGUCCAGUUGCGAAACAGGCAUUAAGUGUGGAACAAAUUUGCUGUCAAUAGGGGAUUCUCUUAAACUCCUCCCAUCCUUACACUCUUUCAUCUUACACCGUGGCCCAAGGUUUGAGACAAAAUAUUUAGAAUUAUGCUACUGGUUUGCGAUAUCUGUGAAAAAUUGUUCAAACUCACCUUACUGAAUUUUUUCAAGUUAACCUAUACUAACUUAUGGUGAGUUUGUAAUUACAGGAAUUUUAUUUAGUUUUAAAGUGAACAUACAACAACUGAUUACUAAGUUAUAUAAUACUUUUAUGCAGUUAUUUAUAUCAUAUCAGCUGCAUGAGUAAUGAGUAAAGUGCUAUUGAAGAGGUCACACAGUUUCUUUCAUUCUUCUUGUAAAAAAAACCCCCACAUACUGCACUAUUCCAGAUUUUUUCCAGCCUCUACUUGUGACCCCUUUGUUACUGUACUAAACUGCCAUUGCUUCUUGCUUUCUGUGUGUGAGCUAUUUUCUAGAUAAUAAUUCUAAAAUAUCCACAAUACUUUUGUGUUUGUGUGUCUGUUUCACACAUUAUUUAAGCAUUAGGCAAAUCUGGAAUGUGUGAGGUGUUGGCUGCUUCUUAUCUCACACUCUUUAGGUGCAAAGAGGAAAAUUUUUUGGAGUUUGAUGUCCAUGGGUGUUUCCCAAACUGACACGAGUUAAACAAACUGUCAGCAUUGACACAGGCUUCCUGAAUUAAGGGCUGGAGGGGUGAGUGGCCAGGGGCCAGCCGAGAGAACAUGCAAGAGCAGGAGAAGGGGAGGGGAGCGAGAGAAACAUCCCAUAAACUCCUCCUCAGACUCUUCAGGAAGAGCAAGAGGUUAUCGUGUUUUGGCUCUUUGUUUUUCCACCAAACGUCCACAUCCAUGUCCAUCCAGUCCGCCAUGCCAUUUUUUUGUCUUAAAAUGAAUGUCCAUGCCUACAUGACUAGGUUGGAGACGGCAGACAGGAUGGAGUAAAAUCUCCUCAGCAUGCCUUGUGCUCCUUUUUCCCUUUCUGCAGUGGUGGUUCCAUCAGUUUUAUGGUCAUUCUUGAGAUUGUUUUCUGCUUCUUUGAUGGACCUUCUGUGGUGCGGGGCUUUUUCAUCCAUCCAUCCAUCUUCUAUACCGCUUAUCCUUUUCAGGGUCACAGGGAAACCUGGAGCCUAUGCCAGGGAGCAUGGGGCACAAGGCGGGGUACACCCUGGACAGGGUGCCAAUCCAUCGCAGGGCAGCGGGGCAUUUUAAAUCUGAAAAAUACUCAACCAGAGGUCAAGUGUAAAUGUUUGGUCUGGAAACACUUUCUGCAAUGCAACGAAAGAAAACAAGAAAACAGAAAAGAAGUCAUUGCAAUUCGAGCUUCCUGUUGUGACCCGUAGCACACCCAAGGAAAUCCCAAUAUAGAUAUGGAAAGACUUCCACAUGGCCGUUCUGCAACUUCGAGACAAUAACAGAAUUACCUGAAACUUUCCCCUGGUUUUCAUCAUUUCCACCCCUUAUAGGAUUCUAAAUCGGGAAGAGUGUCAUCAUUGUAUUAGAAUGAUGAACAGCACCGAGAGGGGAUUUCUGCUGAUAGUUUAUUUGUUAAAGUAGGAUUUCAGUGUCUUGGUGACCUUUUUAAUGCCAAGUAUGAAAACCAGAUUGUUUAACAUGAGUAGUAUACUGAAAUGAUGAUUACUCGUACUCUGUUCCCUGUGCACAGUUUCAGUUUUCAGUGGACUCACCAAUCAAAAAUGGGAGGAACCUAAAGCAUAUUGGCGUAAUCUGUAAUCUGUUUUUGCUAUACAUAUCUGUAUUGUUAUAAUACAAUACACAAACAUCAAAGCAUCCUUAAGUGUUUAUGGUUACUGUAAUGGAACAUCAGCUAUAGACUUAUUCCCUCGCCAGCCUCUGUAUUUUUUCUUCUUCUUGAAGUUAAUAAAUGCAGCCUGUCACAUUGCCAAGGAACCACAAAGCCCAAAGUACAAGUCCCUGUGUUAGCUGUUACUAUAGAAACGAUAAUGUAGAACUCUAGUCAAGUCCCAGACCAGGACUAUAGCCAUCAAAUCCUUUUUGACCCCAAAACUUUACUUCAGCUAGUCAUCUUCAUUCCUGCACAGGCCGUAUUCUAGAAGGACUUGCUUCUUGUCAAACUUUGUGCAUGCUAAAAGAAAAGACAACAUAAACAUUAUUUCUUACAUACUCUUGGUCGAGAACAGCACCAUACUCAACGAGACCAAUGACAAGUCAGAGUCAGUGCAGAAAAUGUGUAGAGACUGCACUCGUGUCCUACAGCCUAAUGGUAAAGAAUUAGAACGAGCGCAUUCAUAUAAACCUGUGAUUUAAAUCUGCACUAGUGUCAGAGCUGCUGUUAUAGAGAAUUAAUCAACACCUUCUGACCAAUCGGAAUCCAGAAUUCAGCUGCAAUGUGGUAUAAACUAAGAUAUUCAACAUGUACAAUAAUGUGGACAAGAGCAUUACUCUAAGGAUGGGAGAUACGAAAAUGGGUAGGUUCUAAUGGUCCUAUGCGACUCUGACUAGGAUAAAGCAGUUACUAAAGAUGAAUAUAAGGUUGAAUGAACCACUAAAUGAACGAAAAGCAGAAGCAAUCUCCAUCAUUCUGUUCACAAGGUUGGAUGUAUCCUAUGGUGGACAAAACUGCCGGCUAAGUCUGGCAUGCUUUAAAAAAAAAAAUGACGGCACGUACCUCAGGUUGGGUCCAAAAUUAGAUCUCGCUGGGGACCUUUACUCGUUCUUUUCACUUCCUUGGGGUAAACUACCAGACAGACACGUCUCCUGCUCUCCUAUUGGCUCAUAGAGAGUCAUAAAAAAGUCAAAAACUGUAUACAAACAUUAUGCUACCUGAAGAUGAUGUAACCCAGUUCACUCCCACUAUAAGGCUAAAACAAUAAAAACCUGUGAUUUUGGAAUAAAACCUCAAUCGCAACCAUUCACCCGCUGAUCACAUGCUGUUUAGUGGUUUUUGUAACUUGGUCUUGCUCUUUAUAGCAGUCUGCAUGUCUCAGAUUGAGUAAAAAGUCACCACAAUAGUUUGAGUUAAAGUUUUUUACUUCAUAAUAUGGAAGAAUUGUUCAGAUUCAAAUAGCUUCAUUUUAAUGAAAUGGUUGUAAACAAAAUGGUUGUGUCAUAAGCUCGUUAUAGAAACAACUCCUUUCGUGUGACAGUUUGAACCGACGGCGUCUCAGUAAAAGGUAAAGAAAGGCGUUUUCAAGGACUUCAGUCCCGAAGGUUUUUCAUCAAACAAUGCAUUAUUGUCACCAAAGUACCAGAGCGAGCCAGUAAAGCUCUUUGGUGUAGCCCAUACGGCAGUUUGUUUUGUUAGUACGGAUGCCCCUGCGCCGCUGUCAGCGAGAGAUUCUGAGAAUGAGGGAAGGAAAGCAGGAAGGAAGGUUUAACAGGACGGACACCACAUAUGGUUUUCAGCACCAUUUAUUAUUAGCCUGCACAAAAUCAUAUUCCACAUCGUAUCCAAAAAAAAACCCCCCAAAAAUUACGUCUACAUGAUUUAAUUUAUCAUUACAGCUGUUCGUUCACUGAAAGCGGAAUCUCAACAAAUUCAUUCAAGUUCAUCCAACACAGGUGUAUUUACUUUGUGAUGUGAUUGAGUCUCUCUCUUCUUAAAAAAGAAAAAAAUGAAUGGAAUUUCUUUAAAAAAAUGCUUUCCAUUCAGAUGGAUGUUAAUGAAAGAUGAAACAUACUCUUAUUAAUUCAGUCUGUCUGUCUGGACUUCUCGGAAGCGUUUUUCUUACCAUUCCACAAAGGCAAGGGGAAAAAAAUUGGAUAGUUUUCCACAUAUGAGCCGAAUCAUGUGGUUUUGUUCCCCCAUUCCGAGCAGGAAAUGUUUGGAGGUCGAACAAAAGAAUCACAUGGCGUCUCGUGCCCCUUGGCCACGGAUGGACCGAUUGAUUAAAAAAGGAAAACAACAACAACAGAGCCACGAACACGUUUGAGAGACUUGGCGGUCGUUAGCAUUGGAAGGUUAGAUAUAGAGCUUUUGGUUUCCUUGAAACAUCUGAGAGACGCGAGAUUGAUCAGAAGCCAGGAGUUUUCCAAAGCCAAUGUAGUUUUCACAUUAAAUGGCCAUUACCGGGAAGGAAAUCUAGGAAAAAUUAAUUAUUCUGAAUUUGUAAACGCUUUCACCUAAUCAGAUCAUUGUUUUGCUGAAAUGUCUUUGUGAUUUACCACCACUUACGGUAAGAUUACUCACCGACAGUGAAACACAUUGAUGUGCUACCCCGACACCUUUCACCUAAUGGUAAAUGAUGCUCAGUAUAAGCUAAGGUCAUCACAGUGCGUAACAAUCUUUCCUUUUUUUUUAGAAACUUGUCCCUGGUCUGCCUGUCCAUGGCCAAAACGGGCACAAGUGAGUCUUUUAAUGUAGGUCUGAGGAUAUUCACACUUCCCCCGUAUUGUAGUCAGGGGUCCCUUGAUAGACUGGACUGUUAUGUCAAGAAGGCUUGGAUUCUUUCCACUUGCCUUUGGCCUUAUAACAGCUCUGUUGCUACAGUCCUGGCUCGGACAAUGGAUUCGCCGAUCCCCGGCUGUUUGCUUGGGGAAAAUCGAAGUUUACUAAAACUGAGCCAAUACAACUAACCACCGGAAAGUCAUUGGAGAGAAAGUGUUGUGAAACUCUGUUUUUGCACUGAAGUUUCUAGACCAUUUCAACAGAGGGGGCCAGGCUGGGGUCAGUUGAUCUGUUAGAGGGGCCAGUUACAUUCUGACACCCUUUUGUUCCCCCAAAUAAUGCAAUAUUUUCUAUAAGGAUGUCUCAUGACUGUGGUAGAAUUACACAAUUAAGUUAGACUGGGUAGUUUAAAAAGUUUUACCCACCUUUAUUUCUUCCUUGCUGCUCUCGCUGUUUUGCUAUCUUCCUGUCUUGCAAUGCAAACUCCACGCGCACAAUAAAAUGACGAUAAAAAUUAAUCACGUUAUAUACGUAAUAAUUAUUGCUCAGUCGACUCACUUCAAAUCGCACCGCUCGCACUCCCCACCUUUUACACUCUCCGCCACUUUUACUCUCGUGCCUCUAUGGUCCAUUAUGAUCCAUUCAAGUGGAGUGGAGUGUAAUGAAGUGACUGUUGUGUUAAUUCAUGAGAAGAACCAUGUUUGGAUAUUGGAUAACCUCAUUUUUGUUCCUGUCCACAUUUUGUGAGUUGUUCACCGUGGCCUACUCGUCCCAGAACGACAAGCAGCAGAAAUCCAAGAACACCACUCACGAAAUCGACCCCAGUCGCAACACGAUUAUGAUGGCCCAGUUUGAGUGCUACCAAAAGAUUGCAAAGGACACCAAUCACAAUCGAAAAGCUGGGUUGAUGUGUAACCGCACGUGGGACGGUUGGCUGUGUUGGGACGACGUGGAGGCCGGAAACACUGCAUCACAACACUGUCCUGAUUACUACAAGGAUUUUGACACUUCAGAGGUGGCCACAAAAAUCUGCACUGAAUCUGGCAAGUGGUUUGUCCACCCUAGCAGCAACAGAACCUGGACCAAUUUCACGACCUGUAGACAAUUCACUGUUGAGCGCCAACAGGCGGCGCUUAACCUCUACUACUUGGUCCUGAUCGGUCAUGGAUUGUCAUUGAUCUCUCUACUUGCUUCUUUGGGAAUAUUCUUCUAUUUCAAGAGCCUAAGUUGCCAGAGGAUUACACUUCAUAAAAACCUGUUCUUCUCCUUUGUUCUGAAUUCUGUCAUAACGAUUAUCUGGUUCACGGCUGUUGUUAACAACGAGGAGUUAGUGCAGUCUAACCAGGUGAGUUGUAAGAUGUGUGUGUUUAUCCACCUGUACAUUCUGGGCUGUAUGUACUUUUGGAUGCUGUGUGAGGGGAUCUAUCUCCACACACUCAUCGUCGUGGCUGUAUUUGCAGAGAAGCAACGCCUUAUGUGGUAUUAUCUGCUGGGUUGGGGAUUUCCUAUUAUCCCAGCUGUAAUACAUGCUAUAGCCAGAAGCAAUUACUACAAUGACAAUUGUUGGAUCAGUUCAAAUACAUCACUGCUUUAUAUUAUCCACGGGCCCAUUUGUGCCGCUUUACUGGUGAACCUGUUCUUCCUCCUGAACAUUGUGAGAGUGUUGAUCACCAAGCUAAAAGUGACCCACCAGGCUGAAACCAGCCUCUACAUGAAGGCCGUGAGAGGCACGCUGAUCCUCGUGCCUCUCCUGGGCAUCCAGAUCGUCCUGCUGGCCUACAAACCCGAGGGCCGCCGCUCCAACGAGAUCUAUGGGUACAUGAUGGCCAUCCUGAUUCAUUACCAGGGUCUGCUGGUGGCCACAAUCUUCUGUUUCUUCAAUGGAGAGGUCCAGGGUGUGUUACGGCGAUACUGGAAUCAGUACCGCAUCCAGUUCGGCAGCACGUUCGCCAACACGGAGGCGCUGCGCUCGACGUCCUACACCAACUCCUCCAUGACUGAGGUGCACCGCUGCUACAGCAUUGACAGCCACAUGGACACGCUGAACGGCAAGAGCUUCCACCACAUGGAGGCCACCAUCCUCCGCUCAGAUAAUAUCUACAUGUGAGGAUCGUUAUCUUUACACACUCAAAGAUAACAAACAGAAACAAAUGCGAGCCUCCAGCCACCUUAAAGCAGCCCCCAUUGGGGACUAUCAAAAAGUACUUUGGCACUGAAAGCGCCUUUCGCUAUGAAGCCAGAUAACAUCUUCCAUGAUUUCUUAACGAGAACGGGAUUUCUUAGUGUGAGCUGAGAACUGACACCAAACGCAGAGGGAGGCUAGAACCCACAUGACUGAUGAACACGAACGCUGAUGAAAGCGCCGCCCGUUGGCCUUGUUCACAGUCUUAAACAGGACGGCAUGUGGGAUUAGCAACACACAAGAGACUUUACAAGAGAUCUGGAUUACAUUCCCUCUGGCUCGGAAAGGACGUUCUGUGAGAUUUGGGAUAAAAAAAAAUUCUAUACUGGGUGUAUUGAUUGUGAAACUCCAUCUGUUCUUUGUUGUGUUUCUGAACUUGAUGGGUUGAAAAGUUUCUGGAAAAGGGGACUUUAUAAAAAGUUGAACUCAAACCAGAGUAAGGCAAAGCGCAAAGCCUAUAUGCCAUUAUUUAUGGAAAAGCAGUUAUGUGUUAAAUUUUUUAUGCUAAUCGCUUGGGAAAUUUGACUCCUCAUGUGUUUAGAAGUUUUUAACAGUGAUAGUCUUGAAACAUGGAUAAUACUGACUAUAUGUAUAUAUAUAUAUAUAUAUAUAUAUAUAUAUAUAUAUAUAUAUAUAUAUAUAUAUAUAUAUAUAUAUGUCCUGUAUAUAUGUCUUUUUAUACUGUAUUAAAUUCAUUUAAUACAGUUUACUGGCUAGCAAAGCUUGUUAAAUAGCAUACUUUAAAUGGAAAAGUAUUAUUCUUGUUUUUUCUUCCAUUUCACUACUUGCAGUCAGCAUAGACACGUUUACAGUUUUCUAUAAAUACAUAAAUAAGCACAGGAGGCCUUAUUCAGCAUGUCUUUAUGUCUGGAACAUAUAGCUGAUUUUAAUAUUCUUGCAUUUUACUUAUUCUUAGGGCAUUUCAACUUCAUAUGCUGGAAAAAAAAAGAAACUGCUCACACUCUGAAAAUGUAAAUAGACUUCUCUCAGUAGUGUGUAACGGAUGUCCAUGUGAGUGUACUUUGUGUAUAUUUAUAAAUGUAUAACAUGCUCACAAUAAGUAUGCAGCAAAUAUGAGCCGUAUUGAUGUCUGUUCUGUAUAUCUAUUAAUUAUUAUCUAUUAAUGGGCCAAAAAUCCUUUAUACAUUUUGAAAUGUUCAUUUUUAUCAUUUUGCAUAUAAUUAGGGUUUACAGAUGUGUAGGAAACGUCUAGUGGGUGUAUGAGACGGGAAAUUCCAGAAUUCAGUUUUUGUUUUCUCGCAUGCUAAGCUGCCUGUUGGAAACACUGUGGCAAUGUUGCAGUUUUCUUAUAAGUUAUUUGUAUUCCAAGGACAAUAUUUUGUAGGUCGUAAUCGUAUUGCGGAGUCUUCUUCUUUUUUUUUUUUGCUUUCACACCAUAGUGUACUUGUUCUAUACAAAGAAUACAAAUGCAUCCAUAUAAAAUCGUUUACUGAACCAGAA